AUGCUGGAACUUUUGAUACUCUUCGAAAUGGUAAACAACGUCAAGUCAGUCAAGUCGAAACCAUCUGCGUGUAAAGAAGUAAGGUGUUAUUGGUGGAUACAGGAGGAAACAGGGCCAUUCGACAUUUCGUUCAAAACUAAGGAUUUGGAUGGGAAAGCCUUAGAGGAACUAACAGAGGAUGAUUGGAUACAAUAUGUAUAUGAGUAUCUCGAAAAUGAAAAUAAAUACAACACUAAGGACAAUGGAAAGACCGAGGAUUUGGACGGGAAAGCCUUGGAGGAAUUGACAGAAUAUGAUUGGAUGCGAUAUGUAAAUGAGUACUUCGAAAAUGAAAUCAAUAUAGCAAAUGGUAAUGGUAAGGUGAGCUCCGAAAAAGGCUAA